AAGGCUAAAAUUCCCGCGGUUAGGGCAUUUUGUUUUAGGAUUCUUUUACAGACCCUUCUCCCAUGGAUUCCACUUCCUCUCCCAAAGCUAGAAAGAAGUCCAGGAAACCAUCGCCUGAAGUCAAGUUCCACUUAGACCUCACUAACUGUUCGAGGAAGAAGGACUUACUUUCGGCCAUAACUCUCUACGACUCUGCCGUUUCGGAGAAAUUGAAAUUCAAUCAGCAGCACUUCAAUACUCUGCUAUACCUCUGUUCUACGGAGAUCUCUGACCCGUUGUUGAAAGAAUCCGCAGUAAGUUUUGGGUUUCGUGUAUAUAAUCACUUGCAAUCCGUUGGCGUUAUUCCUAAUGAGGCUACUAUCACUGCCGUCGCAAGACUUGCUGCUGCCAAAGGGGACGGUGAUUGUGCAUUUGAAUUGGUGAAAAACAUUGAUAAAUAUAAAGUCACACCCAGGUUGCGCACAUAUGACCCGGCAUUGCUUUAUUUCUGUGAGAAUUUGGAAGUGGAAAAGGCUUAUGAGGUGGAACAACACAUGGAUUCCGCUGAGGUGGUGUUAGAGGAACCUCAAAUUUCUGCUCUAUUGAAAGCGAGUUCUGAGAGAGGGAAAGGGGAUAGAGUAUAUGAGUAUUUGCACAAACUGAGACGUUCUGUGAAGUGUGUUAGUGAAUCCACUGCAAAGGCUAUUGAGGAUUGGUUUUGUAGUGAGAAUGCCUCUGAUGUUGGCGAACUGAGUUUGGAUGUGGGUCUGAUCAGAGAGGCCGUGUUAAGUAAUGGAGGGGGAUGGCACGGAAAGGGGUGGAUUGGGAAGGGAAAUUGGAGAGUGAAAAGAACAAAUGUUGAUUCCAGUGGCAAAUGCUGCUGUUGUGCGGAGCAAUUAGCUUCUGUCGAUAUUAGUUGUGCUGAAACGGAAAGCUUUGCUCAGUCUUUGGCUGCACUCGCCAUUGAAAGGGAAACUCAAACGAAUUUUAGAAGCUUUCAGGAAUGGUUAGAACUACAUAAUGAUUGUGAUGCUAUUAUUGAUGGAGCGAAUAUUGGACUCUACCAACAGAAUUUUGCAGAUUCUGGAUUUAAUCUUCCUCAGAUUGAGGCCGUUGUUAAUGAAUUAUGUAAGAUGAGUGGAGGGAAAUGGCCAUUAAUUUUCUGGCACAAUAAAAGGACCAGGGCUCUAUUGGAUAAUUCUUCUCAAAGAAGGCUUGUUGAGGAGUGGAUAAACAAUGAUGUUCUUUAUACAACGCCUGUUGGUUCAAAUGACGAUUGGUAUUGGCUUUAUGCUGCUGUGAAAUUGAAGUGCUUGCUUGUCACAAAUGAUGAAAUGCGAGAUCAUAUUUUUGAACUUUUGAAAAACGACUUAUUUCUCAGGUGGAAGGAGAAACAUCAAAUUCGUUACACGUUUGUUAAAGGUCAACUGAGAUUUGAAAUGCCACCACUUUACUCUGUUGUAAUCCAGGAAUCAGAAACUGGAUCCUGGCAUGUUCCAAUCGCAAGCAAUGACUCUGAAUCAGAACGAACUUGGUUGUGUGUUACCAGGCCGGGUGCUUCUGCAGCUUCCAGUAAACUGGUGAAUGUUGACACUUCUGAAAACGUUGAGGCUCGAGGGUCAUGUGCACCAAUGAGUGUAUCCAGUUAUAAUGAUGCAGCCAUAGCACGCAAAAGAAAAGAGAGGCCCUCGUAGCUGCAUAUCAUUGCCUGAGAGAGUCUUCAAAAAAAUCCUAACUUGCUUGUCUCUGCGUAUGACAGCCACCAAUGGCAGCCGGGUCCUUUACAGAACAACCAGCAAUGGCCUUCUGUAGGUUUUCUGGAUUCUGCAGAUAGCAUGGCUGAUGAUUCUUUUAUCCUCAAUUUUUGAUCUGCUUUAAAUUAGUGUUGGUUUAGCUGACGACGACAAUGUUGUAACUUGUCUUGUUGAGUCACUUUCUUUUAAUAUUAUUUUUCAGCGCAGUUUUA